GUUAGAUCGGACGGUCGUCGAGUCGGAUACCCACCACUAUCCCAGCACGCGGCCUGGGAGCCGCACGGCCGCAACCCACCACCACUCCCGAAGCUUCUCUCAUGGCGGCCAUGGCCGCGGCGGCGAAGCUCACGGCGGCCGCCUCCUCUCUCCUCCUCCGGCGCUCACCCUUGCUGCGGCCUCACGGUCUCCGACUCUCCCGCCGCUUCGCUCCCCAAAGAUUUGUGCGCCACAUUGCUUCAUCGACAAAUGAAGAAGCUGCUGCUAAAGCAGCAGCAGCAACAGCUGAUACUGGAGGACCGACCAUUUUUGACAAGAUCAUUGCAAAGGAAAUUCCUUCUAAUGUUGUCUAUGAGGAUGAGAAAGUGCUGGCAUUUAGAGAUAUUAAUCCACAAGCCCCUGUGCAUGUUCUAGUCAUCCCAAAGAUAAGAGAUGGGUUGACUGGACUAGACAAGGCUGAACCAAGGCAUGUCGAAAUUCUGGGCUAUCUUCUAUACGCCGCGAAAAUAGUGGCUGAGAAGGAAGGUAUAGCUGAAGGGUACCGUGUCGUCAUAAACAAUGGACCUAAAGGAUGUCAAUCAGUCUAUCACCUGCACUUGCAUGUACUAGGUGGAAGGCAGAUGAAAUGGCCUGCUGGCUAAUUAACCAAGUGGGAUGCUUUCUGUACUAUUGCCUAAGUUCUCUUGUAGUAAGACAAUAUGAUCGGUUGAAGUAAUACCCGCAUUGGUGAAUGGUGUUUUCUAUCCAUCUGUAACGUCUUUGUUGUCAAUGAUACCUUCACAACAGAGCCCGUGAGAAUGCUCAAAGAAUCUGUUAGUGAGAUUGUCUGGUCGUUCUGUAAUUACUUGAUUCGAGCCUCUAAAGUUUACAUAAUCGUUCGGCCACAAUAUUUAUUUGCAAUACGGAUCGAGGGUAAUAAGCUAGAUUCUUCGUGCUGUAAUGUAGUUUUGACUUUCUCAAGGCAAAACGAUCGAUUGAAUUGAAAGAACAGAGUUAUCGACUUGUCUAA